AAAGUGCCUGCGUAUCAUCCACCACAUUGCAAGAGUAUCAAAGAUUCUCCUUUCAGAGAUCUCACCUUUUAAAUACCUGCCUUUCGCGGCAUCAGAAACCCUCGCUCCGCGUAAAAACCCUCGCUUUCCGUUGUUCUGAAAAUGGCGAACCUCAGCUCUUGGAAUCCGCACGUAGAAACCUUCGUCGAUUCGUCUCGCCCGUCCAAUCAGCAGGAUGCAAGCCUCGAUGUGAUUACUGCACUAGUGAAGAAUGACACCUUAAUGAUUGAAGAAUUGGUUAGAGAAAUGGAAAUGUAUUUGACGACUUCAGAUAAUGUCCUCCGUGCAAGAGGUAUCCUUCUUUUAGCAGAACUUCUGACACGUCUUAUAUCAAAGCCACUUGACAAUGCUACUAUACAUAGCUUGAUAGGUUUUUUCACAUCAAGACUGGCAGAUUGGCAAGCUUUACGUGGAGCACUUAUUGGUUGUUUGGCACUUGUGAGGAGGAAGAGUAAUGUUGGCAUGGUCUUAGGCAGUGACGCAAGGAUGCUUGCCAAGUCUUAUUUACAGAAUCUACAAGUGCAGUCUUUAGCUCAGCAUGACCGUAAGCUAUGUUUUGAACUUCUUGCUUGCCUUUUAGAUCACUACCCUGAUGCUAUGGUAACUCUGGGUGAUGACCUUGUUUAUGGGACAUGUGAAGCAAUUGAUGAAGAAAAGGAUCCUCGAUGCUUAACGCUUACUUUUCAUCUUGUGGAAGUUCUUGCGCGACUAUUCCCAGAUCCAUCUGGUCCAAUAGCAAGUUAUGCGGGUGAUCUUUUCGACAUUUUGGGCCGCUAUUUUCCUAUCUAUUUCACACAUCCAAAAAAUGAUGAACUUGACAUUAAAAGGGAUGACCUCUCAAUGGCACUAAUGCAUGCCUUCUCCUCAACACCAUUUUUUGAGCCAUUUGCAAUCCCAUUGCUGCUUGAAAAACUUUCUUCUUCUCUACUAUUAGCAAAGCUUGAUUCUUUAAAGUAUCUUAGCAAUUGCGUAUUGCAUUUUGGUGCGGAUAGAAUGGCGAAGCAUGCUGAAGUUAUUUGGUCUUCUUUGAAAGAUGCAAUAUUUACUUCAUCUCAAGAUCCUCUAUCCUCAUUAGCCUCGGAAUUGCUGGAGGAUGUGAGAUCCCAGGAAAAUGAAGUUGCAAAAGAAGCUCUAAUAUGCUUGCAAAGGCUCAUGUUCCAAUUAGACAAUUCCAGUGGCAAUAUGUUUAUAAGUUUGAUUAUCGAGAAUGAAGACCUGGAGACGAUUUUUAGGUCUGUCAUAAGCGAUAAAAGUUACAAGGAUAUUAGUGCAGAAAACAAGCAGAAACUGCAUGCAAUCGGAAGCAUCUUAUCUGUUUCAGCAAAAGUCUCCAGUGCUUGCUGUAAUAGAGUGUUGCAAAAAAAUUUCCCUCGCCUGAUGGAUGUCUUGGGAAUUUCUUCAAGACCUUCCAUGGAUUGCAGUUCAAAUGGCAAUGAUGUACUUCCCAAAAGACUGAAUAUUGGAGCCCUCUACCUCUGUGUUGAACUCCUCACUGCAUGCAGAGAUUUGGCUGUGAGCUCUGAAGAAGUCUCGCUGCAAUCUCCUUCAAGGAAAGAUACGUGGUUUGUCUUGCUUCAAAACUUUUCAGCUCCUUUAGCUGGUGCUUUUGGAUCUAUUCUGGCAACAACUAAAAGUCUAGAUGCUGAACAGGCUGAUGUUUACUGUGCUGUGAAGGGCUUGCAAUUAUUGGCGAUGUUUCCAGGGUCUUUCAUGCCACUGUCAAAGACAAUAUAUGAAAAUGUUUUGAUGAUCUUCGUGUCUAUUGUCACCGGAAGGUUUGAAGAGAAAUUCCUGUGGAAAUUGACUUUGAAGGCCUUGAAAAAAAUUGGUACAUCCAUUGGGAAAUUUCAUGAAUCUGAGAAAGGAACAAGUUACGUGAAUAUUGUCAUUGAAAAUAUUGUUUCACUGCUUUCACGUGAUUAUUGUGAUGUCUUUCUUACACUGAAACUGGAGGCCAUAUGUGACAUUGGCACUGCGGGGCUGCAUUUUAUGUUAAAAGUGGUUCGAGGGCUGGAAGAAGCCAUAUCUGCCAAUUUUGUGGAAGCUUCUGUUGAAGGAAAUCUGAAGUCCACAGAGAUUUUAGUUCUUCUACUGGAGAGCUACUCUAGUCGAGUGCUUCCAUGGUUUGAGAAACAUGGAGAUUUUGAGGGAGUUGCAAUGCGUUUUGCUCUCAAGAUUUUCGACCAAUUGGAUAACAGUCUGACUUUCAACAUUGGGAAUAACGGGCAGGUGCUUCUUGAUGCAACCAUGAAGGCAAUGAGGCUGGCUGUUGGGGGAUGUAUGCAAGAAAAUCAGGGUCUGAUUGUCCAAAGAGCUUAUAAUAUACUAUCACUGAGGACGUUUUCUUCAUUGAAGGAAUCAAAGCUCCUCAGUUCUGUCAAACUUGAAGGCUCAGAACUCACUCAUGAGUUAAUUAGUCUUUCGUGUAGGGAUGAAUGGCUUAUUUCACUAUUUGCUGCAGUACUAACAGCUCUUCGUCCUCAAACACCUCUUCCGGAGGUGAGAGUAAUAGUGAAGUUCUUCAUGAUUUUUGUUCUUGUCAAAGGACAUGUUCCAGCAGCUCAAGCCUUGGGUUCUAUAAUUAACAAAUGGAAUAUAAAAGCCAACACAACAGAGGUGUCAAGUUCCUGUUCUUUUGAAGAAGCAUUGGAUGCAAUUCUCGAGAUGGGACCACGGAAUGUUCUUGAUAAUGGUCCUUUGAGGAAAUGUGAUGGCGUAUAUGCAAGUAUGGAUAUUCCUUGUAACUUAUGUGCCAUUGUUGGCAGUAAUAGUUUGGUCCAAACCCAUGCUAUAGUUGGAUUGGCAUGGAUAGGAAAAGGUUUAGUCAUGCGAGGGCAUGAGAAAGUGAAGGAAAUCACAAAGCUUCUUUUGAAAUGCUUACUGUUAAGUAGAAAGACAGACACUGUGUCACUGCAGAAGGAUACCUUGGAAGACAAUGAUGGGCAGGAUACACAUCCUCUUUUCGCUAGAUCUGCUGCAGAUGCUUUCCAUGUUCUUCUGAGUGAUUCAGAAGUUUGUUUGAACAAAAAGUUCCAUGCAACCAUAAGGCCACUCUAUAAGCAACAUUUCUUCUCAAGCAUGAUGCCCAUUAUGCUGUCGUUAAUUAAAGAAUCUGAUUCAGCAUUUACAAGAGCGAUGCUAUAUCGAGCUUUUGGGCAUAUAAUUUCUGAGACUCCACUCAGUGUCCUAGUAACUGCAGCCAAGAAGAUCAUUCCAUCAUUAUUGAAUGGCAUAGCCAUGUUAAGUCUGGAUGUUGUGAAUAAGGAUCUGACCUAUAGCCUCUUGCUGGUCUUAUCUGGGAUCUUAAUGGAUGAGAAUGGGAAAGAGGCUAUUUUAGAGAAUGCAAAUACCAUUAUAGCUCAUCUUAUUGGAUUGGUUUCCUACCCACACAUGAUGCUUGUCCGUGAAACAGCAAUUCAAUGCCUUGUAGCCAUGUCAGGGCUGCCCCAUGUGACGAUUUAUCCCAUGAGACCGCAGGUACUACAGGCUUUAUCAAAGGCUCUCGAUGAUCCAAAGAGGCCCGUUCGGCAGGAAGCUGCUAGAUGCCGCCAAGCAUGGGCAUCAACUGCAUCAAGAAGCCUUCAUUUCUGAGGGGCACAACGCCGUUACUUGUUCGAUUAAGAAAAAAAGGCCAAUUCUGCCCGGAAGAAACAUAGAAGACUAACCCAGACGUGCCUUUGUCAAACUACAAAUGAGUGGGUAAGCUUUUGUAUUCUCAGAAGACAUCCAUCAUAUGUGGGAUAUCCCAAUAUUGGAGAUGAUCAAUAGUAUCUUACCAAUGGCAGCUAUGUGAAACCAUUGACAAGUAAAACACCAAAAGGGUGGUAGAAUUCAGCCCAGCAUCCUACAGUAAUCAACUCGCAACGGCUGAACUGUAAAUAGGACAUGAUGGCGGCAAGAGGGAGCUGAAGAACCAUAUUUUCUGUAAAGUUCAAAGUUCAAACACAAAGGACUAGGUCAUGUAGUGUUGAGGUGCACUUAGUUGGUGCCCAUGGAAGCUUGGUUUAGCUUGGCCUCUUUUGUAUCAUUUGCAUUUCUUUGGAAAUUAUCUUGUCAUAGUUGGAAAAAUGUUCUGCUGGUAAAUGCAUUGGACUUCCUUAGUUCUUUUGAA